GUUCGGAAUCUUCCCAGCCUGAAAUCCUUGCGGUUUGACGAAUCCCCGGUGGAGGAUCUGGAGAUUACAGGGGUCGACUCCCUGGAAGAACUGCUCAUUUAUGAAGCGCCGAUGGGAGGUGAUUUUGUGGUGUCGUUGAUGCCAAACCUGAAAAAACUAGUUGUAGCUAACGGGUGGAAGGUUGAUGAACUGAUUUCAAAGGCUCCAUCUUUGGAGUCACUCUCCCUCAAAGGUUUGGACACAGUACACAGACUGAACAUUGUGAACAACGAUAAGCUUUCCAAAGUUGAUCUGUCUUCAUGGAACGAGCUGCGAGUGAUCGACAUGGAUGCUUCGGAAUUGUGUCGUCUCAGUUGCUCGGGAAGGAUUGAUCCGUUUCUUGAGAUGUUAGGUAAGGCUGCUGAUAUCUGCUGCUGCUGCUGCUGCAAAGAAGCUGGUCGAUCUGUUGUUGAUGUGCGAUAUUCUGGCUCUAACGCGGAUGGAAACGAUUUCCACGCUUUGAGAAGAUUUCUUACGCAGCAGCAGCUUCUGUCACGAUCUUGGUUUCGCCUCACUCUUGAAUUCGAUUUUAUACGAGAGCAUAAGGUCAUUUGGAGAGAACCUCAUGAAGAUUUGCAUAUUCCGACAAUCGAACAUGUGAAAAUCUUCUGGGCUUUCUCAGGUUAUGACAGAACUCCAUUUUUUAACGGCUUGUUCUGGAAUUUUCAUCCA